UCCCACCAGCGUUAGCUACAUGGAUGUAUCAUAGCAGUCUACUGCUCGUUAGCUAACGCGAGCAGUAAACUGCUGUUUAUUCAUUUUAACAAAAACAGUGGUUCUGCCUUACUUAAGCUAUAUGCAUGAAUUUUAAUUGCAAGUCUUUAUUGUUACACAGAGGCUAGUGUUAGUUAGCAAACUUGACUAGCGAGCUGUAAGUUAGCAAAUGUCAACAUCCCAGGGCAGUUAAGAGUUAGCCGGUGGAGUUUGAGCCUGCUCAGCUGGUUCAUCAUGAAGACCAAUAAGUCAUAUAAGCUUGUGCUGCACAAGAAAGGCUUUGGUGGGAGUGAUGAUGAGUUGGUUGUCAACUCAAAGGUUUUCCCUCAAGUCAGUAUUGGGGAUAUAAUCGAGAUUGCACACCCCACAGAUGAGUACAGUCCUCUCCUGCUGCAGGUGAAGAGCCUAAAAGAGGAUCUUCAGAAAGAGACGAUCAGUGUGGACCAGACUGUAGCGCAAGCUUUCAAACUGCGUGCAUACCAGGAUGUCAUUGUUAACAUUGUCGACCCAAAGGACGUUACACUGGACCUGGUGGAGCUGACUUUCAAGGACCAGUACAUCGGUAGAGGGGACAUGUGGAGACUGAAGAAGAGUCUGGUGAGCACGUGUGCUUAUGUGACACAGAAGGUGGAGUUUGCUGGAAUCAGAGCCCAGGCCAGUGAACUCUGGGUGAAGGGAGAGAAAGUGACCUGUGGUUACAUCAGUGAAGACACCAGGGUGGUGUUCAGAUCCACAUCUGCAAUGGUGUAUAUCUUUAUCCAAAUGAGCUGUGAGAUGUGGGACUUUGACAUCUAUGGUGACCUCUACUUUGAGAAGGCUGUAAAUGGUUUCCUGUCAGACCUUUUUGCCAAAUGGAAGGAGAAGAACUGCAGUCAUGAAGUGACGGUUGUACUCUUCUCACGUACCUUCUACAGUGCUAAAACAAUAGAUGAAUUUCCUGAGAUUCUCAGAGCGUCCAUCAGACAAGAUCACGAAGGACGUUUUUAUGAAGACUUCUACAGGGUCGUGGCUCAGAAUGAGAGACGGGAUGAGUGGACGUCAUUACUGGUCACUAUCAAGAAGCUCUUCAUUCAGUAUCCUGUCCUAGUGCGGCUGAAAGAAGCAGAUGGUUUUCCUGUCGGUUACAACUCCACCUCUGCCCAAGGAAACUACCUGGAGGCCAUUAACCUUUCUUUCAAUGUGUUUGACAAGCACUACAUCAACCGUAACUUUGACCGCACUGGCCAGAUGUCAGUGGUCAUCACACCCGGGGUUGGAGUGUUUGAAGUCGACCGUCUGCUUAUGAUUCUCACCAAACAGCGUAUGAUUGAUAACGGUAUUGGUGUAGACUUGGUGUGUAUGGGGGAGCAGCCAUUGCAUGCAGUACCAUUAUUCAAGUUGCACAAUAGGACGACACCCGGAGACUCUCGUGUCGGAGACGACUAUAACCUCCCUCACUGGAUCAACCACAGCUUCUACACCUCCAAAAGUCAGAACUCUUGCAGUUCCUUCACCCCUCGAAUCAAACUGGCUGGCCGCAAGCUUCAUGCUGAAAAAUUCAAGAGCAGCAAAGACCACACUCUCUGUGCACCAAAGGACUCUGACAACAGCUUGCCAAUACAGGUGGACUACGACGCCUAUGAUGCUCAGGUGUUCAGACUUCCUGGUCCUUCACGAAUUCAGAGAAGCACCAACUUCAGGAUGGGUCGAGACAAAGAGACGAGUGGGAGGAAGAGCUGGGGCUCGGUGGACGUCAGCACAGGCAUUGGUGCAUCCCCUCCUGUUCGCUCUGGAGGUCCGGAUGAGCAGCGUAGCCUGGCCUCUGAUGACAGUCUGGGCCCCGUGUCCAACAUGCUGCUGAUACCCCGGAUGCCCCCUGCCCAGUAUGAAGUCAGCAGUUCUCUGGGAUACACAAGCACCAGAGAGCUGUUGGAGAAGAUGAUGGACUCUCAGCGGGACUCCAGCGCACCAGGAAGGUUCACAGUGGGAAGUGCUGAGUCCACUUUGCACAUCCGCCCAGGAGGUUACACCCCACAGAGAGCGCUCAUAAACCCCUUCACUCCAUCCAGGAUGCCCAUGAAGCUCACCUCCAACCGCCGGCGCUGGAUGCACACCUUCCCUGUCGGUCCAUCUGGAGAGGCUAUUCAAAUCCAUCACCAGACCAGACAGAACAUGGCUGAACUGCAGGGCAGCCAGCAGAGAGACCCUGCCCACACCUCAGCCGAGCUGCUGGAGCUGGCCUAUCACGAGGCUACUGGAAGACGAACAACCUCACGGCAAACAGGAGAGAACGGCCUUUACAUCGGUGGAGGGAUGGAAGAGUUCACUGGAAGUCCAAGGAGCAACAGUAGUGGAGCUCUGACCAACCGCGGCUCCUCAUUUGAAGACUUCUCCCUCAGUGGUGCCGAUCCAACCCUGCUGCUGUCUGCACCCCCAACAGUGCCCAGCUUCUGCUGCACGGUGGGGGUGGACUGGAAGUCUCUGACCACACCGGCCUGCCUGCCCCUCACCACCGACUACUUCCCUGACCGCCAGACGCUGCAGAAUGACUACACUGAAGGCUGCUACGACCUGCUGCCGCACAGCGACCUGGAGAGGCGGGAAGAUGAAGCUCCAGUGAUGAGUGCCACUCAGGUGUUUGAGGAGUUUAUCUGUCAGAGGUUGAUGCAGGGCUACCAGAUCAUCGUCCAGCCAAAUAACAGGAAACCACAGCCAGCUGUGGCCACACCCCUUGGCAGCAGCCCUCUUUACUCCAGAGGUCUGGUGUCUCUGCGUCGAGCAGAAGAGGAGGAGACGGUGUACUGGCUCAGUAUGGGCCGGACCUUCCAUAAAGUUUGCCUCAAAGACAAGAUCAUCACUGUUACUCGCUACCUGCCGAAGUACCCGUAUGAGUCUGCUCAGAUCCAGUACAGCUACAGCCUGUGUCCUCCACAUUCUGAUGCUCAGUUUGUGUCCUGCUGGGUGGAGUUUGGCCAUGAGAGACUGGAGGAAUACAAGUGGAACUACCUGGACCAGUACAUCUGCUCUGCUGGCUCUGAGGACUUCAGUUUGAUCGACUCUCUGAAGUUCUGGAGGACUCGCUUCCUCUUGCUGCCGGCUGGAGGGGCUCGGCGGGUGGCGGACGGAGAAGGGCACUGGGAUGUUUACGGGGAUGGAGCGAGCACUGGAAUGGGUGGCAGUGGAGAGUGGGUCCUGCUGGACGGCUUCAUCCGCUUCCUGGAGGGCCUCAACCGCAUUCGACGGCGGCAUCGCUCCGACAGGAUCAUCAGACAGAAGGGCACACCAAUGAAGGGACUGCAGGUUACCAGUCCUCUCCCUCCAUAUCCUACUGAACCUGUAGCGCCCCCACAAGGCAAGAAAGGCACAUCAGCUCUAUCAGCCCUGCUGGAGAUGGAUCAGAACCAGAAGACGCUGGAGGAGCAGCAGCAGCAGCAGCAGCAGGCAAAGCCCUCAGCAGCCAUCAGUGACCCUGCAAGUGUUGCUACAGCUCUCUCAUAUGUAGACAGUCCACGCAAGGACGCUGCCUUUAUUUUGGAUUUUAUACGUAGCCCUCGCUCCUCCUACAUCUAUCACUCUCAGUUGCCUGCUGAAGCCACCGAGGCUGCAGAUAAAGGAGUCCAGCCAGGAGUGACAGCUGGAGCAGCAGCACAGCCUGCAGGAGAGACUGCAGCCAGCAGCAGCACAGACACCAGUGGGCAGUCUGCAGCUGGAGCCCUUUCUCUGUCCUCUUCCUCAACACUCAUGGAGAUCCUGGAGGCCAUCAAACAUCCCACGACAGGAGUACAGCUGCUCCCAGAGCAGAAGGGUCUGCCACUCAACUGCUUCAUCAGCGCCGAGGUCGUUCACUGGCUGGUCAACAACGUGGAAGGCGUGGCCACACAGGGCAUGGCUGUGGAUGUCAUGCAGAAGAUGCUGGAUGAAGGUUUGGUGGCCCACGCUUCCGGGGAUGCCAUGCGCACCUUCGUCUAUGGUUUCUACUUCUACAGGAUAGUAGGAGAGAAGGACGGUCCGACCUCCCAGCUCACCCCCUCAGCGGCUGGUGGCUGGUCAGCCGCAGCUCUGGAGGACUUUGCCCUGUUCCAGAGGAAGUGGUUCGAGGUGGCCUUCGUGUUGGAGGAGCGGAGACCCUGCGACCUCCCGGCCUUCCUCCUGCCCUGGCUGCCCAGCCGGCCAGCUUCCUACGCAAGUAGGCACAGCUCCUUCAGCCGCAGCUUUGGAGGACGCAGCCAGGCCGCCGCACUGCUAGCUGCUACAGUCCCGGAGCAGAAGACGGUCACCGUGGACGUGGAUGUUAACAACCGCAGCGACCGAACUGAAUGGUGCAGCUGUUAUUACCACGGCAACUUCUCCCUCAACGCCGCCUUUGAGAUCAAGCUGCACUGGAUGGCUGUCACCGCUGCAGUGCUCUUUGAGAUGGUUCAAGGGUGGCACAGGAAAGCGGCGUCCUGCGGCUUCCUGUUGGUUCCCGUGCUGGAGGUUCCUUUCGCACUGACUUCUUACCUGUACGGAGACCCACUGAGAGCCCAACUCUUCAUCCCUCUGAACAUCCACUGUCUGCUGAAGAACGGCAGUGACAACCUGUUUGAAGGUUUCGAACCCGAGACGUACUGGGACAGGAUGCAGCUCUUUCAAGAGGCCAUACUCUACAGAUUCGGCUUUGUGCACGACAAGUUUUCUGCCUCUUCUUUUAAUUUCCCCUCAGAGAACAAGCCCCAGUACAUCCACGUCACAGGCACCGUGUUCCUGCAGCUGCCGUAUUCUAAGAGGAAGUACCCGAGCGGGCAGCAGCGCCGGCGCAGAAACUCCACCACCUCCAACAGCCAGGGGCCGUUCGGCGGCGAGGAACGGGCCGGCUACUACUGGGCGUACAACACCAUGCUGACCAAAGCCUGGAGGACGGGCGUGCUGGGCGACGAGAGGCUCGCUGACCGCCUGCUCAGAGACUUCAGCGACUUCUGCGCCAACAAGGACAACAGACUGCUGAACUUCUGGGACAGCUGCCAGGAGAAGAUGAACGCCAGCGCACCCUGACCACAGGACAAGACGACUGGACAACGGAAUGUAGAAGGACUUUGAAAAUAUCAUGUUUUAAAAUGUUUAUUUAUGAUGUAAAAUUGUAGAGUCAGAGUUCCACACUGUUCUGUUGCUGGGCCUCCUGCUCCAGACUGACCCCUCUAACAACCACUCACCUGUUUAUGUGCUUGAAUCUCUGCUUCGGAUGAUUGAACAUGAAGUUCUAAUUAUCAAAAAAUGCCUUAAGAGCUGAGAUUCUGUGUCAAUGUUGUGUUCUUCAUUUUAGAGCUGUAACUGUUUUGAUUUUCAAUUAUUUGUUUCAGUAUUUUUUUAUGCAGAAAACCAAAUAUUCUCUGUUUUCAGCUUGCUGACUGUUAGUCAGACAAAUGACACAUAUGAAGAUGUAAUCUUUGACUGUGAGAAAUUACAACGGGCAUUCUUCACUAUUAUCUGACAAUUUAUUGGCCAAAUGAUUAAUCAAGAAAAUAAUUGGCAGAUUAAGUGAUAAUGAAGAUUCUGCUGAUAAGGAAGUUUCUGCAUGUGAAGCACAGAAACUGUGUUUACAUUUCCACCUUCUCCUUUCACAUCCACCUGACACGCUCCAAAUGUUGAUUUAGUGUUGUGUACUUCCUGUCAGUUCUUAGUCAGCAGAGUCACAGUCUGUCAGCAGUUCAAACAUGCCACAUAACAGAUCUGUAGCUGAAUCAUGUGAUUGGACAAUACAGACCGGAGUAAGACUCCUGUUUGUUUUUCACAUGUGAUUAAUCAUUUAUACAAGUAAUUCCAAAUGAAACCAGGUGAGAGACGAUGUUACAGCUCUGUGUUGUUUUAACACAGGCACAGACUGUAACACUACAGGAAAUCCAUCUAUAGAAAAUGUAAUAAAUA